GGACGAUCCAUUAUAAUGCUAAUAAAAGAGGAGAGGUUGCUUACUUCAUCUUCUUCGUAUUUCAAUGCUCACUUCCUAUUUGCCAAUGGAGGUGCAAAGAUAUGCAAUUGUCACAGGAGGAAACAGGGGAAUUGGACUUGAAAUAUGUCGUCAACUUGCUUUAAAUGGAGUUAAGGUCAUACUAACGUCUAGAAAUCAAAGUCGCGGGGAAGAAGCCGUGGAGAAGCUCAACGCUUCUGGCCUUUCUAACGUCGUUUUCCAUCAACUAGACAUCAACGAUCCGUCUAGUAUCGUGUGUUUGGUGAAAUUUGUCCAAACACACUUCGGGAAGCUUGAUAUCUUGGUCAAUAAUGCGGGAGAAACUGGAGUUAUCAUACAUGAAAAAGAAUUUAAAGCUGGAGGAGGGCUUUUACAAGUCGUCGAUGAAAAGGCGCAUCUUUUAGCCAACAUUGUGGAAGAGCCUUACGAAUUGGGAGAAAAGUGCCUGAAAACAAAUUUCUACGCGACCAAAACGAUUACAGAAGCGCUUAUUCCUCUUCUCCAACUUUCUAAAUCUCCAAGAAUCGUGAAUGUUAGCUCUGUCUACGGAGACCUAUACUGGUUCUACAAUGAAAAGUUGAAAGAAGAGUUGCUAGAUAUUGAUAAAUUAACUGAAGAAAGGAUAGAUGAGAUAAUCCAGUGGUUUUUGAGUGAUUUUAAGGCCGGUAAGUUGCAAGAGAAUGGAUGGCCACUAACAGUCUCUGCAUACAAAGUUUCAAAAGCUGCUCUUAAUGCUUAUACAAGACUCAUGGCAAGAAAGCAUGAGAAUAUUUUUGUGAACUGUGUGCAUCCUGGGUAUGUUAGAACAGAUAUGACAUACCAUACUGGAAUUAUCACGGUUGAUGAAGGUGCGAAAGGUCCGGUGAUGGUUGCUUUGUUGCCGGAUAACGGGCCUUCUGGUGUAUUCUUUGAUCAAACACAAAUUGCUCCAUUUUCAUCGAGUAUACCAUCUUAAUAAAUUAUAAAGCAUCGUAUUACCGGAAAUGAUAUCAUAUGUAACAAACAAAGUUGCUUCUGCUUUAAAUAUUUCGGUUUUUUCUUUGAACCUUAAAUUCUGUUAUUCUACCUGUAUUAUCCAUGUGGAGGAGUUUUUUUUAUUGAUAAAAUUUAUAAAUUAAAGACUAA